AUGACGCUAAGAGCCUGGAAUGAGAACGCAUGUGAGCUAAUGGCACCGAAGAGACGCUAUGUUCGUAGGACCGCUCCGGCACCCCCUCCUGAGGUGCCAGAGCCAGCCGUGCCUCCUGUGGCGCCAGAGUUGGCUGGGCCUAGUGAGGUGCAGGAGUUGCGAGCACAAGUUGCCACACUAGCUGGACGGUUCGAUCGGCUCCAGGGGUUAUUGGAGCAGCAAGCAGCGGCGGCGGCCGCGGCAGCAGGUCAAGGUCGUGAUCCGCCCGCGCCUUCGGCUUACGCUCCUGAUGCGGCAGAGGGUGAGGGUGCUACGGCGGCACCGGUGGAAGUGCAACCCGCGCCGGUGGACAUCCCUCCUACGGCGUCGAGUUCUCCUACGCCCAAUGUGGCGACUGAGGAGGUAGAGCGAGAGCGUGGUUACAUGGCUCUCACAAGGUUUACGAAGUUCUAA